AGAAGAUUGGAAGUAGAUUAAACCCAAACGCAAGACUACAGCCUGAAGUGCAAAAAAAUAUUUACCAUCAUCUUCAUAGUAAGGUUAUUAAGGCAAGAAUGAAUGGCGUAAAAGUUUAAUCAAGACUUUUGCGUGCUCGAAGCCCGCAAGGAAGUCGAGCCAUAAUCCGUCUGAAGCCUGUAAAUUUAUUAAAUUCUCGGAGCAAGCACAGCCUGCGGUGUGGGUGAAAGUGUGUGUGUGUGUGUUGUGUUCUAGAUCAGAAGCAAUCCUGGGAAAGCACGGAGAGUUGGUGUUGGAUGGAAUUUUCGAUUGCUUCCAUGAAAUCGCAGUGGCGCUUGCUUUCGGUAGGAUGACGGACUCUGCUUACCGGGUCGAUACCACGUCCCGUCUCGCUCAAUGGCGUUUCGAUGAUUUUGGCUUUUCUUACCGCAAAUCCGAUCCUUUCAAGAUCGGCAACUGGAACUGGCAUUUAGUUGUGGAAAAGAAUCGAAAAAUAUGGUUGAUUAAACUCUCCCCAGAGAUACCAAAGUUAGCUGGAGACGGUCCUCCUCCGCCCGUUGCUUCCUUCGACAUUCGUAUAAUAUCCUUUUUGGGAGGCCGCAAGACUUUGGUUCAUCCAGAAGUUAGGGAUAAGCCGCUGCAUAGUGGUAAGGAUUUUAUCUGGGCGCUUGAGGUUCCAUUGACCGGGAGAUUCAUCAUUGAUGUUGAGUUUCUUGAUCUCAAGACUGCAUCUCCAGACGGAGGCGGAGGCGGAGGCGGAGGCGAGGAAUUAUGUUCGAUCUGGGGUGUGAGUGAAGGGUUCCCACACCCACAGAAACAGAACACAAGAGCAGUUUCUUGUAUUUCUCUUGGGCGAAUGUUAUCAGAAAGUAUCCACACAGAUAUCAUCAUCCGUGCUUCGGAUGGAAGCAUUGGGGCCCACAGGGCGGUUCUUGCAGCCCGUUCACCGGUCUUUCGAAGCAUGUUCUCCCACGACCUGAAAGAGAAAGAGAUGUCUGCCAUAAACAUCUCUGACAUGUCCAUUCAAGCUUGCCAAGCUUUUCUCAGCUAUAUAUACGCUAACAUACAGUACCAAGAUUUUCUCACUCACAGACUCCAUCUUCUCAGAGCUGCUGACAAGUAUGAUGUUUCAGAUCUCAAAGAUGCAUGCCAAGAAAGCCUGUUACAAGAUAUUCAUGCCAACAACGUUCUUGACAGGCUCCAGAGCGCUUUUCUUUAUCGUUUGCCAAUGCUCAAGCUCGGAUGCCUUGAGUAUCUUGUCAAGUUUGGUAAGAUUUUUGACAUUAUAGAUGAAUUCAAUGCAUUUAUACAAUCUGCUGAUAGGGAACUCAUAGCUGAAGUUGUAAAUGAAAUUCUUUCUGUUUGGAAAGGUUUCUGAAACUCUGAUCCAUUAUUAAUUUGUUUAUCUACUGAUUCAAUGCAUUUACCACC